CGAGAUCAAAGCUCAAAGUAUAUUUGUGGUCACUCAAUGGAGUUUGAGAAUGAAAAUUCGCAUUGGAACAUUUUAUGAGGUCAGGGUGUUACUACAAAAUUGUACGCUUAUACUUGGUUGGAUUAUUUGCUUGAUUUGAAGAUUGUUUUCGUCUGGGGCUUGUACUGUUGGUGAUUGUUGUUUGUUGCUUUUCUUAACAGAUAUUCUCUUCAAAUGUCACUGACUGGACCUCAACUUCUUCCCCUUGAACUGGUUGACAAAUGUAUAGGUUCCAAGAUUCAUAUAAUCAUGAAAAAUGAUAAAGAAAUGGUGGGAACCUUGCUUGGCUUUGAUGGUUACGUAAAUAUGGUCUUGGCUGACGUUACUGAAUUUGAGUUUACAGCCCAAGGUAAACGUAUAACAAAACUGCCACAUAUUUUGCUGAAUGGUAGUAACAUUGUUAUGAUGGUGCCUGGUGGAGAAGGUCCUGAAAUUUAAACUAUAUGGUAUUUUCACUGUAUAUAAAAUAAAUACAAUAAUAAAUUGUUCGUAACAUUG